UCACUGUUACAGUCCUGGAGGACUUCUUCAAAACAUCCCAGAUAGGAGAAGAGACGCCCAAGACCGUGACUCAGAUGUACAGCCACUUCCUGAGGGUUCAGUCCAUACAGGGGGACAGGAAGUAUCGUUUGUUAACUGAAACAGACACAAACUGGACUGCACAGAGCAGGGAGAUCAUCGUUUCUCUGGGAAAACUGGCUUUUAACCAGCUGGAGAAAGGCAACCUGAUCUUCUACGAGGCAGACCUGGUAGAGUGUGACAUUGAUAUCAGAGCAGCCUCAGUGUACUCAGGAGUGUUCACCCAGAUCUUUAAAGAGGAGUGUGGGCUGUACCAGGGCAAGGUGUUCUGCUUUGUCCAUCUAAGCCUCCAGGAGUUUCUGGCUGCUCUUUAUGUCUUUUAUUCCUUCAUCCACGAUGGUGUCAAUCUGCUCUCAGAAGAACCACCAACCUCCAGUGAAGAUGAACUCCUCCUCUACCAGAGUGCUGUGGACAAGGCCUUACAGAGUGAGAACGGACACCUGGACUUGUUCCUCCGCUUCCUCCUGGGCCUCUCUCUGGAGACCAAUCAGAUUCUCCUACGAGGUCUGCUGGGACAGACAAGAAGUAGCUCACAGACCAACAAGGGACCAGUGUCUUACAUCAAGCAUAAGUUAGAUGGUAAUCUCUCUCCAGAGAGAAGCAUCAAUCUGUUUCACUGUCUGAAUGAGCUGAACGACCGUUCUCUAGUGGAGGAGAUCCAACAGUCCCUCACGUCAGGAAGUCUAUUCAGAACGCAUGUCUCUCCUGCUCAGUGGUCAGCUCUGGUCUUCAUCUUACUGACAUCAGAAGAGGAGCUGGACAUGUUUGAACUGAAGAAAUACAAAGCUUCAGAGGAGGGUCUUCUGAUGCUGCUGCCAGUGAUCAAAGCCUCCAAAAGAUCACUGCUGAAUGGCUGUCGUCUGUCAGAGAGAUGCUGUGAAGCUCUGGCCUCAGUUCUCAGCUCCAACUCCUCUAGUCUGAGAGAGCUGGACUUGAGUUCCAGCAAAUUGCAGUAUUCAGGAGUGAAGCUGCUCUCUGCUGGACUGGGGAGUCCACACUGUAGACUGGAAACUCUCAAGAUGAAUGCCUGCCAUCUGUCAGAGAGAUGCUUCGAAGCUCUGGCCUCAGUUCUCAGCUCCAACUCCUGUAGACUGACAGAGCUGGACCUGAGCUGA